GGAUGCUGUACACUUCAGACCUCUAGAUCUCAUAAGGCUAUAGUCAAAGAUAUCCGUGGUCUCGUGGUUGUUAUAGCCACCACCUUCCUUGCUCGCCGGGACAGAAAGGCCUGACAUAACAUUCCGCUGCUACCAAGCCCGUCACAUACCUCUCAAUAUGCCACCUGAUUUCGAAGACGUUCUCACAAAUCAGCCUGUCGUUAUUGACAAUGGAUCUGGUACGAUCAAAGCCGGAUUUGCAGGUCAAGAACAACCGAAAUGUUACUUUCCGAACUUUAUCGGUCGGCCGAAGCACCCCAAGAUCAUGGCCACGGAUUUCGACGAGAAGGAGGUCUAUAUCGGUCGAAGAGCUCAAGAAUUGAGAGGGCUGCUCAAGAUCAAAUGGCCGGUAGAACAUGGCAUCGUCACGGACUGGGACGAUAUGGAACGGAUAUGGAACUAUGUCUACCGGGAAGGUCUUGGAACCGCAUCAGAAGAGCACCCCGUCCUGUUAACGGAAGCACCCUUGAACCCCCGAUCGAACAGGGACGUAGCGGCUCAGAUCUUCUUCGAGCAGUUCAACGUCCCAGCGCUGUUCACUAGCGUCCAGGCUGUACUGAGUUUGUACUCGAGCGGACGGACGACAGGGAUAGUCUUGGAUUCAGGGGAUGGCGUGACACAUGCCGUCCCCGUAUUCGAAGGAUUUUCAAUGCCACAUGCGAUUCGACGGGUAGAUAUCGCCGGCCGAGAUAUCACGGACAACUUGCAGCUUUUGCUCCGCAAGUCAGGCCAUUACCUCCAUACGUCGGCUGAGAAAGAGGUCGUGAGGACGAUCAAGGAAAGGACCUGUUACAUCGCUCCUAAUCUGGCGAGGGAGGACAAGGAGAUGUUGGGAAGGACGGAAGAGUUUCGGUUGCCAGAUGGCAAGGUCAUUCAGCUCGGAAGCGAACGAUAUUGGGCGCCGGAGAUCCUGUUUAACCCAGAAUUGAUCGGGAUGGAGGAUCCGGGUGUACAUCAGGUUAUCGUCGAUUCCUUGAACCGGACCGACCUCGAUCUGCGGAAAAACCUCUAUGGUAACAUUAUCCUCAGUGGAGGGUCUACCUUGUGUCGAGGUUUCGGUGACCGACUUCUGAACGAAGUCAAGAAGAUUGCGUUGAAAGACGUCAAGCUGAAAAUCUAUGCUCCGCCGGAGCGAAAGUAUUCGACCUGGAUCGGAGGAUCCAUCUUGGCAGGACUGGGCACUUUCAAGAAGAUGUGGGUCUCGGCAGAAGAAUACCAGGAAGAUCCCGAUAUUAUCCACCGCAAGUCUUUCUAGUUGCGGUCACGGUCCAAGGAGCGUGUCUGAUUUGAUCCAGAGCAAUUUUGACGACCUUUGUAAUGACCAUCAUGACGACCCUUACCUCCCAUAUCUGGCUCUUCCCUCCACACGAAUUACUGCGAGAUGACGCGAGACUGUGUGAAUCGUUCUC